UGCAGUGGGUAUGGGCCGGCCCAAGAGUGUCCGUUGCUCACUGCUUCUCGCAUGCGCCGUCUCCCGCCGCCGCGCGCCUCCCGCCGGCCGCCAUGCCUCCCCGCUCCUACGCCUGCCGCCCUCCCCGGCGUCGCCGUCGCGACGGUGCUCCCCCUCAUCGAGCGCGCCAUCGCCGUCGGCGACGUCCGCCGUCUCGGCCGCGCCGCGCACGCGCUCCUCGUCAAGACGGCGCUCACCCACCACACCCUCCUCUCCAACCGCCUCGUCGAGCUCUACGCCGCGCUCCCCUCGCCGGCCGCCUCCCGCGCGGCCUUCCAGGACCUCCCGCACAGGAACGCGCACUCCUACAACAACCUCCUCGCCGCGCUCUCCCGCGGCCCCGCCACCCUCCCCGACGCCCUCCACCUGCUCGACGCCAUGCCCGCCGCCUCCCGCAACGCUGUCUCCUACAACACCGUCAUCUCGGCCCUCGCGCGCCACGGCCGGCAGGGUGACGCGCUCCGUGUUUUCGCCCGGAUGGCCAGGGACAGGUGCCUGGGCCCCGAGGUGGCCUUCGACCGUUUCGCGGUUGUCAGCGCCGCGAGCGCAUGCGCUGGGAUGGGCGCCGUGAGGCCGCUCCAACAGCUGCACGGCGCCGUAGUAGCGUCAGGGGUGGAGGUGACGGUCAUCAUGGCCAACGCUAUGCUGGACGCCUACACCAAAACCGCGAGGAUGGAGGACGCCAGGAUGCUGUUCAACCAGAUGAGCGUCCGGGACACGGUCUCUUGGACGUCGAUGAUCGCAGGGUACUGCCGCGCCAAGAGGCUCGACGAGGCGGUGCAGGUGUUUGGCAUGAUGCCAGAGCAGGACAGUAUCGCAUGGACGGCACUCAUCUCUGGGCACGAGCAGAACGGGGAGGAGGACGCUGCUCUGGAACUCUUUGAACAGAUGCUGCAUCAUCGUGGGAUGGCACCGACACCCUUUGCUCUGGUGUCGUCUCUCGGUGCGUGCGCCAAGCUCGGGCUUGCUACGCGAGGGAAGGAAGUGCAUGGCUUCAUCUUGCGCCACUGCAUCGGUUCAGACCCUUUCAAUAUCUUCAUCCACAAUGCCCUCGUUGACAUGUACUCCAAGUGCGGUGACAUGGCGACUGCCACGGCAGUGUUCGAGCGUAUGCCUCAGAGGGACUUCAUCUCCUGGAACUCCAUGGUGACAGGGUUCUCGCACAAUGGCCAGGGGAAGCAGUCGCUUGCUGUGUUCAAGAGGAUGCUUGAAGCUCAAGUGCAGCCGACCUGUGUCACUUUUCUUGCUGCCCUAACAUCUUGCAGUCACGCCGGUCUAGUCGCCGAUGGCCGUCGGAUUCUUGAAUCAAUGCAGCGCCAUGGGGUUGAACCAAGGGCUGAACACUAUGCCUCAUUCAUAGAUGCUCUUGGUCGGAACCGUCAGCUGGAAGAAGCAAGCGAGUUCAUCAAAGGCUUGUCGUCCAGGGUCGGUCCAGGUACAGCUGGGUCCUGGGGGGCGCUCCUUGGUGCAUGCCGUGUUCACGGCAAUAUCGAGAUUGCAGAGAAAGUGGCAGAGUCCCUUUUCCAGUUGGAGCCUGGGAACAGUGGUCGGUAUGUCAUGUUGGCAAACAUUUAUGCAGCCGCAGGUCAGUGGGAUGAUGCUCGCCGUGUCAGGGCGCUUAUGAAGGGGAAGGGUCUGAGGAAGGAACAAGCUUGUAGUUGGAUAGAGGUGCGGAGUGCAAAGCACAUAUUUGUUGCUGACGACACGUCUCACUGUGAGGCAAAUGAGAUAUACGAGAUGUUGGACAAACUUUUUGAUCAUAUGCAUAUUGUAGUGGAUCCUAUCGAAGACCAGCUUGCGCUGCGUUGAGGGUUCAUCCCUUCUCAAAUCAUUGUGAAGCAUCAACACUGGUAAUUCACAAGAACAGAACUGCCAUGCGAAGCAUGCUGGGCAAGGUUCACUGCUUUCCAUCCAGCUUCCUUGAGAUGGCAAAAUAUUCCAAUUUCAACAGCAUGAGGCUGCACAGGAACUUCAGGGUCUAGCUUUCUUUGCAUAGUCUAAUCGGAACCAUAUUUUGGAUCUGCCCUGCCCACCCACUUCAGCAUGUGCCACCAGACACCACUAGCAACACAUUGAGGCUGUGUUGUGUUAUAUGCAGCCAGUCUGUAUACAGUCCAGUAUCUGAUGAUUGGUCUUGCUCCGAAUGUUUGUUUGGCUUAUUUAUGUGGAACAAGGACAGUCCAUCCCAAUUCAUACUACAAAGCAUCUCUUAACGUGCCCCAAGCCUCAACCACCAUCAACAUCAGAAAUAGGGAACUUACAAUGAGUGAGGACUAUGGGUUUGCUUCCUUCACUGAUGACGAUGAGGAAGAAACUCCAUAUCCGUACCGCUCAGAUGGGAAUGUGCACACAGGUAGUAAUAGAUGUCAGGGCUCUCUCCAGGGGAAGGAUGUCAGGGUAGUUGGUCAUGAAGGCACCAGCUCAUCACUGGAUUCCCAGUGCGAAGUGCCCUCUUCCAGUACAAAAGUGAGGAGUGAAGAAGCUUAAAAGCAUCUGAUUCAAAUUCAAAAGGCAAGCAUCCAUCCAGGGACCGUGUCUCUUUUAUCAGAUUCACCCAGAGAACAAUCUCCACUCUUCCACCACACAAUGACACAAUGCUCUCAGAACUGGCUCUAAAAUGCCAUUUGCUUAUGGUAUGACUAACUCCAACCAAAGGCAAUUUGGUGACAGAACUUAUAGCACUUAAACUAGUGAUAGAGCAAAGGAUAUGAGGUUCAGUAUGAGAGUUCCAGAUGUUAAUGGAAGUGCCAUAAAUGAGAAAGUCGAUUCCUAGAAGGAAGAAGUGAAGGAAGUUGAUUCCAAAGAUAACUUAUCGCUCAUGACACUAAGGACAGCACUGAUAGUGUGUAAUGCAAGCCCAGGUGCCAAUACACAUUUCAAAUAAUCAAAGUGACAACAAAGUUCGAGAACUGGAACUUAAAGUUGAGUUGCUUGAAACUGCGCUGCGAGAAGCCGCUGCUUCCGCUGAGAUAGGCAUCUCCCAAGCCCUUGCGCAAGGGGCUCAUCACUGCCACGCUGCUGAUACCCUGAAUGAUCUGGAAGCAACACAACGAGUGUGUUUUUGAUGGCCCCAGGUUCUCCGAGCUGGCACUCACGUUCCCCCGUACAGGCCAAUUUUUCUGACAAACAUAAUGUUGCCCUGGCUGCCUCUGGAUGAAGAAGGGAGGUAUACGGUACUGCUUGCUCUGAUAGAAAUACACCGUGAAGUAAUACUCCAGGUCCGCAUUACUUGAAGCCCUGGUAGCUCUCUCCAUAGAUGUUUCUUGAUGUUCCAAGACACACAGAUUCCAACAUAUAUGGACGUUUUCAGCUAAAGUCUGACUCUCACCAUUACCGCAGACGAGAACAUUGUCUUCUUCUAAGGAAAUGCACUCAUGUAGAACCUUUUCAGUCAAGAACGUUUGGAACUUUGGAUUGUCUCGCAGUCACGGCAUUGCCACCCAUGGGUCACUCCACAGUCCACGUGCUUUAGUUCUCCAUCACAUGGUGAAGAGAACCACGGCUGGUCAUAUGUUUUUCAUCCUACACGAUACAUUGCAACUCUCUCGCUUGCCAUCUACUAGCAGUGUAUGUUUUCCAAUUAAUUGAUGGUUUUGUUGUCAUCUUGAAAGCAGUGUAGAAUAUACUGUUGUGUUUGUAACUUUGUAUGGGCUGUGGCAUUUUAGCUUAGCUUAGUUAUGUAAGCAUUUGAUUAAUUACUGGAAAGUGGGAUGCAUGAUUGCGGUAUGAACGUGGAUAUAUGUUCAUUUGUAUGCUAUUGAGUUUUCUUUUCUCGAAA